AACAAUAUAACAAUAACAUAUAGUACUAUAUGUUCCUUGUCUUUUCUUUUCUAAUUUCAGAAACUUUAUUCAUUCAAUAAUCAUCCACAAAAUUUAUUGAGCUGGUUUAGUUAGGAAAGUUUCCACUUUUGAUAUGAAAGAAACUUAGUUAGUACCAUAGACAUUGAUAUUGAAGUUGAAAUGAGUAUUUUAAGUACUAUAGCUAGUUUUUUAGGAUUUGGAAUUGGAACUUCACUUGGAUUGCUGAUAGGAUACUUUAUGUUUAUAUACUUUGAAUCAAUAGAUGUCAAGGAUCCUACAUUUACUCCUUUGGUUGAGCAAGAAGCUAAAACUGUGCAACAAUUGCUUCCAGAAAUACCCUUAUGGAUAAAAAAUCCAGACUAUGACCGUCUUGAUUGGCUUAAUAAAUUUGUUGAGUGUAUGUGGCCUUAUUUGAACAAGGCAAUUUGCAAGACUACAAGAACUAUAGCAAAGCCUAUUAUUGCGGAACAAAUUCCAAAGUAUAAAAUUGAUUCAGUUGAAUUUGAAGAACUUAAUUUGGGCUCUUUGCCACCAACUUUUCAAGGAAUGAAAGUGUAUAGCACUGAUGAAAAGGAAUUGAUUAUGGAACUAUCAAUGAAAUGGGCUGGGAAUCCUAACAUUAUAGUUGCAGUUAAAGCAUUUGGAUUGCGAGCAACCGUUCAGGUUGUUGAUUUGCAAGUGUUUGCUUCUCCGCGCAUAAUGUUGAAGCCUUUGGUUCCUAGUUUUCCUUGUUUCGCCAAUAUUUACGUGUCUCUCAUGGAAAAGCCACAUGUUGAUUUUGGAUUAAAACUACUUGGAGCUGAUGCAAUGUCUAUUCCUGGUCUUUACAGGAUUGUCCAGGAAAUUAUAAAAGAUCAGGUUGCAAAAAUGUAUCUGUGGCCUAAGGCUUUACAGGUGCAAAUAAUGGAUCCAUCACAGGCCAUGAAAAAACCAGUUGGAAUUCUUCAUGUGAAGAUUCUGAAAGCAGUGAAGCUUAGAAAGAAAGAUAUAAUGGGAGGAGCAGACCCUUAUGUGAAACUUAAACUCAAAGAUGAUAAACUUGCUUCAAAGAAAACAACUGUGAAAUACAAGAACUUGAAUCCAGAAUGGAAUGAAGAAUUUAAUGUGGUGAUUAAAGAUCCAGAAUCUCAAGACUUAAUGCUUAAUGUUUAUGAUUGGGAACAGUUUGGAAAGGCUGAGAAGAUGGGUAUGAAUGUAAUUCCAUUGAAAGAGCUUACACCAAAUGAACCAAAACUACUUACUCUUAAAUUACUCAAGACACUUGUACCUAAUGAUCCUGAGAAUGAGAAGUCGCGUGGAGAGCUCAUUGUGGAAGUUAUGUACAAACCUUUUAAGGAUGAUGAAGUAUCUAAAAAUUCAGAAGACACAGAAAAGGCUCCGGAAGGAACACCUGCUAGUGGUGGUUUGCUUUUGAUUAGCAUCCAUGAAGCUGAAGAUGUUGAAGGAAAACACCACACAAAUCCGUUUGCGCGGCUUAUUUUUAAAGGCGAGGAAAGAAAAACCAAGCAUGUAAGGAAAAAUAGAGAUCCAAGAUGGGGUGAAACAUUUCAAUUUACACUAGAGGAACCCCCCAUCAAUGAGAGGCUUUAUGUUGAAGUGAUAAGUGCAUCCUCAAAGUUAGGCCUGCUGCAUCCAAAGGAAACUCUUGGAUAUGUGGAUAUAAAUUUAUCUGAUGUGGUUAGCAACAAAAGAAUCAAUGAGAAGUAUCAUCUUAUUGACUCCAAAAAUGGAAAGAUUCAAAUUGAGCUUCAGUGGAGAACCCCAUAAUGAAUGAUUGGUCAGUAGUAAAUAGGAUGGUGCCAUUGUAAGUUUGUAAUAUGCAUGUAGCAUGGAAGUUUGGAGCUUUUUUUUUGUUUGAAAAUGUGGUACAUUUUGUUAUUAUAUCGUUGCAUUUGCAAAAAGUACUCAUGAGAAAAGAUAAAGGGAAACUUUCAAAUUCUAUUGACACAUAA